AUGUCUAUCAGACAAAGAUUAGUCGGUGACCUAACGGAUUCUCCGGUAUACAGGGAGACAACUGAUGCUGAGAUACAGUCAAUUAUCACACCAAAUAACAAGGGAGAUGACUCGGUAGAUUCCGGAUUUGUCAAUGAUACACCUUGCUCUAUUGAAAUCGCUUCACGAUCGAAGGUUCCAGCCAAAACAGAAGCGCGGAGAAGCUUGUUCUCUGUCAAGCGUCUAGCCGACGAUGAUCUUACAGACGACUCACCGUGCACGAAGAAGCUCCGCCAGGUUGAGGAAGAUUUCGCAGCCAUGACCACCCAGAAUGUCAUCAAAGCCGUGGAACGUCUAGAAUCACGUGAUUUAGUAGCUGACGGAUCACGUGACUACACUUUACCCACAGUUCCCGGAAAACAUGGCGACCUCAAGUCUAUCACACAUGGAACGAUGGCAGAUGUGUUGGACGGAAAGUACAGCCACCAGAUAGGGAAAGUCACGAUAGUAGAUUGCCGUUAUCCUUACGAAUUUGAUGGAGGUUAUAUCCAAGGUGCCGUCAACAUGUACACAAAAGAUGACGUCAACAGUCUUCUUCCGUCACGAGACACGUCCGAGAAACCACACAUUCUCGUAUCGAUUCUUGAGAUUCUUCAGGACCGUGAACUGAACAAGGAACAGUAUCCCAGACUCAACUUUCCGGAAGUCUAUCUACUGGACGGCGGUUACAAAGCGUUCUUCACAACACAAAAGUCUCAGACCAGCGCUGCAUACCACAGUCCAGCCCCUGCGUUGCAUAAACAGUCUAGACCUGCGUACAUCCCACAUCUCAGAUCUGCGCUGCUACCUCAGUCUCAGAUGCGCUGA